AUGUGCUCCUUAGCGUCGGGUCCUACCGGUGGGUACCAAUGCCGGGGCGCUGUGGAGGAGGAAGAGGACAUGCCGGAACUGUCGGACAGCGGAGACGAGGCCGCCUGGGAGGAUGAGGACGAUGCCGAGCUCCCCCACGACAGACAGCAGACUCCCUGCCUCUUCUGUGACAGGUUAUUCACUUCUGCUGAAGAAACAUUUUCACACUGCAAGUCUGAGCACCAAUUUAAUAUUGAUAACAUGGUCCAUAAGCAUGGACUUGAAUUUUAUGGCUACAUUAAGCUAAUAAAUUUUAUUAGACUUAAGAAUCCUACAGUUGAGUAUAUGAAUUCCAUAUAUAACCCAGUGCCUUGGGAGAAAGAAGACUAUUUGAAGCCAGUGUUAGAAGAUGAUCUUUUACUUCAGUUUGAUGUGGAAGAUCUUUAUGAACCUGUGUCAGUCCCAUUCUCAUACCCCAAUGGACUCAGUGAAAAUGCACCUGUUAUUGAAAAAUUGAAACACAUGGAAGCCAGGGCCCUGUCUGCUGAAGCUGCAUUAGCUAGAGCACGAGAAGAUCUGCAAAAGAUGAAACAAUUUGCUCAGGAUUUUGUGAUGAACGCAGAUGUCAGAACCUGCUCGUCAUCCACUACUGCCAUUGCGGACCUCCAGGAGGACGAAGAUGGUGUCUACUUCAGCUCAUACGGGCAUUAUGGGAUACAUGAAGAAAUGCUAAAGGACAAAGUGCGAACUGAAGGUUAUCGAGAUUUUAUAUACCAGAAUCCACAGAUCUUCAAAGACAAGGUUGUUUUGGAUGUCGGUUGUGGAACUGGAAUUCUCUCUAUGUUUGCUGCUAAAUCUGGUGCAAAGAAGGUUCUUGGAGUUGAUCAAUCUGAAAUACUUUACCAGGCAAUGGAUAUCAUAAGGCUAAACAAACUAGAAGAUACUGUUAUACUAAUUAAAGGAAAGAUUGAAGAAGUUCAACUUCCUGUUGAAAAAGUGGAUGUUAUUAUAUCUGAGUGGAUGGGCUAUUUUCUUCUUUUUGAGUCUAUGCUAGAUUCUGUCCUUUAUGCAAAGAACAAAUACUUGGCAAAAGGAGGAUCGGUCUAUCCUGAUAUUUGUACCAUCAGCCUUGUGGCAGUGAGUGAUGUGAAUAAACAUGCUGAUAGAAUAGCAUUUUGGGAUGAUGUCUAUGGCUUCAACAUGUCUUGCAUGAAGAAAGCAGUUAUCCCAGAAGCUGUUGUGGAAGUUGUAGAUCCAAAGACUCUAACUUCCGACCCUUGCUGUAUUAAGCAUAUAGAUUGUCAUACAACAUCUAUCUCAGAUUUGGAGUUUUCAUCAGAUUUUACCCUAAAAAUCACAAGGACAUCAGUGUGCACGCAAGAUUGUGAGACAUUAAAAGGAAAGAUCACUGUUCACAAGAACAAGAAAGAUCCACGUUCUCUCAUUGUGACCCUCACACUGAAUAAUUCCACUCAAACUUACGGUCUCCAGUGA